GCUGGCCUAAGUUGGUGGCAUGGUCUGACACUUUGGGCUGCGAAGGCACACCAUCUCCAUCAUGUGCAAGGGGCAGCCACAGUCAGCGCAUGCACCAAAGCCACGAAAUGGGAUAAAGCCAUUGAGAUACUGAAAAAUGUCCGCAACCUUAAUCUGGAACCAAAUUUGGUGACCUAUAAUGCUCUGGCAAAAGCCCAGCAGUGGCAAGAGGUGGUCAAUCUUUUUAGUAUUAUGCAAUCGAGACACAUUCAGGCAGAUGAAGUUAGUUGCACUUCUCUUAUUCACAGACUCGGGUGCUCUUCUCUGUGGUUAAAGGCCGCGCUUUUUUUCAGAGAGUCGAGGGCAAGGGGUGUUAUUUGUGACGUCGUUUCCUGCAACUCCGCAAUGUCUGCUUGCGAUGCUGCGUUUGCAUGGUCAUGUUGUUUGGACGUCUUUGAGGACUUGAAAUGCUCGAAUAUUCAAACGAAUGUUCUGGCUUUCAAUACCAUUCUCAGUGCAUGUGGGCGAAUGGACUUAUGGGAAAGUACCUUGGCAUCUUUGCAACACCUGGCACUGUCUGCUGGUCUGGGUUUGGAGCCAACCCUGGUCACGCGGAGCGUGGUGAUGUCUGCUUGCACUUUCGUGGGGCAGUGGGCUGUUGCUUUGCAUCAGAUGUCUUGUCUAACUUUCGGACACUUUGAAGAUUUUGGCCUCAGGAAUGUGGGCAACAUGGCGAUAUGCAGCGUUGGAAUUAGUGCAUGUGCGCUGGGCAGUCUUUGGGAAAAAGCACUGUCUUUGUGUUCAGCUGCCAGUUACCUGAAGGGGAAAGUCAAAGUGAGAAGCUUCAACGAUGCUAUUGCUGCUUGUGGGAGAAAUUGGCAGUGGCAAGGGGCGCUGUGGUUACUUAGCGCGGCAGAAGAAAGAGACACUGUCACAUACACGGCGGCCAUCACUGCCUGUGGACAAAGCCAGCGCUGGCAGCACGCGUUGCUUCUGUUCUCUGCCUUGAGAGCUAGUAACUUGGAGGUCACCACUAUCAGCUACAACUCCAUUAUAACUGCACUUGGUGCAAAGUGGCAAGAAGCCUUCCAAUUGCUCGAAGAGCUUUGCGUGCAGCAGCAAGUUCCUGACACCAUCACUUUCGGUGCAUGUGCAAGCGCUUGCAGGGAUGGGCAAUGGGAAGCAACACUUCAACUCAUAGACCGUUUCUACAAAGAAGGCCAUCAAGCAGAGGCAGUUACUUUCACUGCAGCAAUAGAUGCCUGUGGCGCCGCGUCCUACUGGCAGUUUGGUCUAGUCCUGCUUUCACAACUGGAUGGGAAGGAUAUUCUUGCCCACAAUGCAGCCAUCAAUGCAUGUGGAGACACUGCGCAGUGGCAGAUCGCCUUGCAGCUCUUGCAUGAAGUGAAGUCCGACGCAAGUGUCUCAAGUCUCAAACUGGUGUUCACAUCUGGCAUCGCUGCGUGCCGCGGACAUUGGCAACAUGCACUUCAGUUGCUGGCAGAUAUGCAGGAGAUCCCAUUGCCAGCCAAUUUGUUCGCAUACAAUGCAGUGCUGGGUGCCUGUGACCAAGCUGGGCAAUGGUUGCAGGCGGUGUUUCUGUUCCAGGAGCUUUGCGACGAAGAUCUUCAGGCUGAUAUGAUCAGCUUUUGCUCAGCCCUUGGGGCAUGUCGGCAAAGCCCAGGAGCUUGGCAGUACGCCAUACCGUUCAGCAACGGUCUGCGAGAUCAACUUGUGAAGCUCUUGGAUUUUGGGGCUUGA